AUGUCAGCUUCAACCCGUAUCACUACGUCAGGGUGUCUUCGCCAAGGCUUCAUCUCGUAUCCGUCAGCCUAUAAGAUCAUUGAGGGGCCAGGGUCUUUUCGUGAUGCUAUUUAUGGUGCUAUCGGAGUUCGGCAUGCUCGGUUCCAGAUCUGUUGCAGGAGGGUGAAGCAAGAACAAGAUGUGCAGGCCAAGGUGCAAGGCGCUUGGAAUCUCCACAACGCCUUCAAGAACCAGACGGCGCUUGACUUUUUCAUCAUGACAAGUUCGCUAGUUACGCUGGUGGACCAGCCCGGGCAAGGCAACUAUCCCGCGGCGAACACUUUCUUAGAGUCUUUCACGCAAUACCGGCACAAACAGGGCCUCCCAGCAUCCGUACUGGGAAUCUGCCCCGUCGAUGACAUCGGCUCCGUGGCUGAGAUUCCAGCCCUCCGCAAGAAGCUCAAGGCGCAGGUCUCUUCUUCCUCCCGGAGCGGGAACUGUUGGACUACAUGCAUCUCGCCAUCUUGA